AUGAAGCUCAACUUUGCCCACGGUAUCACCGCCGCUCUUCUGGCCCCCAGUGCCUUUGCCAUGUCGCCUGAGCCUACUGGCAUCCCAACUGGAGGUUUCCCCUUUCCCACUGGCAGUUUUCCUGGAGGCUUCCCCGGUGGUUUUCCGGGUGGCGGCUCUGGUGGCUUUCCUGGAGGCGGCAGCAUGCCUUCUGGGAUUCCCUCUGGCUUCCCUAUUCCUGCUGGAGGCUUCCCCGGUGGUUCUUCUGGUGGCUCCCCAUCUAGCGGUGGUCUGGGUGGUCUGCUCGGCGAUAUUCCGGGUGGCAAGCGCAACUUCUUCCACCACGGCCAUGGCCACCAUGACGGUAGCGCUCCCACUGGCUUCCCGACUGACUUCCCUGAAGGUAGCACCCCUACUCCCACUGGCGCUUUCCCUGGUGGUGGCUCCUCUAGCGUCCCUUUCCCUAGCCCAACUCCUCCCGCGGGGCCUUUCCAGCGCAUUCACGCCCGCCAGAUGCGCCCCAUCCAAAGUUAG